CGACCGGGCGGGGCGUCACCGAGCCCCGGCGGGCGACACCGCGACGGUCUGAAAUCAUUCACAAUGGAGUCAAGCAGGCAGACACGGGUGUCUCGGCCUUACAAGAUCAGCGAAUCUUCCAAGUCUGUUCUGGGAGAGGCUCCAAACUACUGUCCGAAGGAGCCCGAAUCAUGAAGUCAGUCAGCCAGGCUUGGCUGUGGGAUCGUAAAGAGCCUCGUGGGAGGCCUGAGAAGCCAUCCAGCCACACAAGGGUAGCAGAGCCUGUCCCACUGAGCCUGGAGGUGUACCGCUGGGCCGACCACUCCACCGUGGUGCUGCAGCGGCUGAACGAGCAGCGGUCGCGUGGCCUCUUCUGCGAUGUGGUCCUCGUGGCGGAUGAGCAGCAGGUACCGGCCCACCGCAACCUGCUGGCCGUGUGCAGCGACUACUUCAACUCCAUGUUCACCCUGGGCAUGCGCGAGGCGUUCCAGAAGGAGGUGGAGCUGGUCGGCGCCUCCUACGUGGGGCUCAAGGCGGUGGUGGACUUCCUGUACGGGGGCGAGCUGGUGCUGGACGGAGGCAACAUCGACUACGUCCUGGAGACGGCGCACCUGCUGCAGAUCUGGACGGUGGUGGACUUCUGCUGCGAGUACCUGGAGCAGGAGGUGAGCGAGGACAACUACCUCUACCUGCAGGAGCUGGCCUCCAUCUACAGCCUCAAGCGGCUGGACGCCUUCGUCGACGGCUUCGUGCUCAGCCACUUCGGCACGCUGUCCUUCACGCCCGACUUCCUGCAGACCGUGUCCGUGCAGAAGCUGUGCGUCUACCUGAGCAGCAGCCAGGUGCAGCGCGAUUGCGAGCACGACCUGCUGCAGGCCGCGCUGCAGUGGCUCACGCAGCAGCCGGAGCGCGAGGCGCACGCGCGGCGCGUGCUGGAGAACAUCCACUUCCCGCUCAUCCCCAAGAACGACCUCCUGCACCGCGUCCAGCCGGCCGUGUGCGCGCUGCUGCCGGGCGAGGCGGGCUGCGAGGGCUUCAUCGAGGAGGCCGUGCGCUACCACAACAGCCUGGCGGCGCAGCCGGUCCUGCAGACCAAGCGCACGGCGCUGCGCUCCAACCAGGAGCGCCUGCUCUUCGUGGGCGGCGAGGUCUCCGAGCGGUGUCUGGAGCUGAGCGACGACACCUGCUACCUGGACGCCGAGAACGAGCAGUGGGUGAAGGAGACGCCCCUGCCGGCCCGCCGGAGCCACCACUGUGUCGCCGUGCUCGGUGGCUUCAUCUUCAUCGCGGGUGGCAGCUUCUCGAGGGACAACGGAGGGGACGCGGCCUCCAGCCUCCUUUAUAGGUAUGACCCCCGCUGUAAACAGUGGAUCAAGGUGGCCUCCAUGAACCAGCGCCGCGUGGAUUUCUACCUGGCCUCCAUUGAGGACAUGCUGGUGGCCGUCGGUGGCCGAAAUGAAAACGGAGCACUGUCUUCCGUGGAGACAUACAGCCCCAAGACCGACUCCUGGACCUAUGUGGCUGGCUUGCCGAGGUUCACCUAUGGCCACGCUGGCACCAUCUACAAAGACUUUGUGUACAUCUCUGGGGGCCACGACUACCAGAUCGGCCCGUACCGCAAGAAUCUGCUGUGUUACGACCACCGGACAGACGUGUGGGAGGAGCGGCACCCCAUGAUGACGGCGCGUGGCUGGCACAGCAUGUGCAGCCUGGGCGACAGCAUCUACUCCAUCGGGGGCAGCGAUGACCAUGUUGAGUCCAUGGAGCGCUUUGACGUGCUGGGUGUGGAGGCCUACAGUCCACAGUGUAACCAGUGGACCCGAGUGGCACCACUGCUGCAGGCCAACAGCGAGUCCGGUGUGGCCGUGUGGCAGGGCCGGAUCUACAUCUUGGGUGGCUACAGCUGGGAGAGCACUGCCUUCUCUAGAGCUGUGCAGGUGUAUGACCGAGAGGCCGACAGGUGGAGCCGGGGUCCUGACCUCCCCAAGGCCAUUGCUGGCGUGUCGGCCUGCGUGUGUGCCCUUAAGCCUAGGCUGGAAGACAAGAAGAAAGGCAGGGCCAGGCGGCACCAGGACCUGGGCUAGUGACCGGAGGCUCUCGCAGGGGCCACCUGCUGGUGUUGGGUUCUUGCUGGUAGCUUUUUUUACUUUUUUUGAUUCUUGGUAUUUCUAUGGUAUCACAGAAACUGGUGAUUAAACAUUCUACAUAACCUCA